AUGUUGUCUGCCGGGGAACGGCCUCAGCCGCCCAUCAGUGCUGCGGUUGUCGAUCCCACUCGCACACCCGUCAGCAAGGUCACCUUGGAUGCUUCCACGUCUUCGAUGUGGCCCGAGACGACCAAGGCGGAGAACCUUCAACACAUCUGGGUUGUCACGGGCCCGGCCGGCUGUGGGAAAAGUACCGUUGGAAGAGGUCUACAGAAGCAGCUGGGCGUUCCUUUCCUCGAGGGUGAUGAUUUCCACCCUCACGCCAACAAGGAAAAGAUGAGCAGCGGCACUCCCCUCACCGACGAAGACCGCUGGGACUGGCUCAUCUCCCUGCGCAAGGCUGCCAUCGAGGCCCUCUCUCCUUGCGAAGCCAACGGCUACCACCCCCCGCCUGGUGUCGUUGUCGCCUGUUCCGCCCUCAAGCAAAAGUACCGCGAUGUCAUGCGCGUUGCCGCCUACGGCUCCCCAUCCGUCCAGAUCCACUUCAUCUACCUGCGCCUGGACGAGAGUAUCCUGCUGCAGCGUGUCCAGCAGCGCAGCUCCCACUACAUGAAGAGUUCAAUGGUCCAGUCGCAGCUCCAGACCCUCGAAGAACCACAGGGUGAAUGGGAUGCGCUGACCGUCAACGUCCAAGGCAGCCAGGAACAAGUUCAGAGCAAGGUCAUGGACCUGGUAGAAGCAAAGCUGGCUGAAUAUGAGUAG